AUGAGCGUCAUGAAUGCUGCCCACGGGGGACUCCCUGGACCGACAGACGAAUUCCUCAUUGAAAUGAAGGAAGUCCGGGAACUGCACGAAAACCUGCAGUCAGCCAUUCCCCAUAUGCUCCGAAAUGUCGGUAUGAUGACUCGCCACGAGAUCCUCGAGUACCACCACAUGGCAGAAACGGUGCGAUCCAGAGUGUCCACGCUUCGCGAGCAGCUCGAACGCAUCGAGUCAACCGCCUUCUUCGGACUGAAACAGAGAGUACAGGAGCUGGAAUAUGCGGCGAGGCAAUUAUGCGAAUGGUACUGGAACCAGGCCAUUUUCUACGAAGCCUGGGUUGACAAAUUCCGAAAUCAAAUGUUCCAACAGGCGUCUUUGGUCAAAUCGCUUCUGGACGACCCUAUUUUCGACACUACCAUGACGCCUCUGCAUGGGAUUUACCGGAAUGACCCAGAUAUCUCCGCUGCUUCACUGGCAUCGUUCCAGCAAUUUGUUGGCCAGGGUCCUCUUUUUUCCGACUCCGUUGCGCUGCGUCAGGCGUCCGCACCAAGCACCUUUCCCUCGACGGAUUUUUCAUCCUUGGAUCGGCAUUCCAUGAUCACUCACUACCCCCAGUCGACGCGUGCAAUAUGGGGCUAUUAUCCAAUUUCGAAUGUUGAGGCUCUUCGAGCAGACGAUGCGUCCACCGCCAAUCCCCAGUAUCGAGCAUCGAUGAACAACGGCCCACGAAGCUGA